GGGUGGCCAAGGCCAGGGGUGUCCAACUUCACCAGGCAGCAGCUGUUCCCACCACGGGCAGCCUUUUCUCUUGGGCUGCGCUGCAGGGGGUGAGGGGUGGGGGGAUCAGCAGCGCGGCGGCCGGAGCUGGCAGGGAGCAAGAGUCGGGAGAGAGGGAGCACCAGUGAAGGAGAGAUGGACCUAUCGGGCACUUGUCAUCCGCCUCUCCCGCCCGCUGCUGGCGCUCACAGAUAACCGGCGCAGGCUGGUGCGCGGGCCCUGGGGGUGGCAGCCGCGGUGGCCCGGUGACUUCGUGGGAGGGGGUGGAGAUGAAAUUCCCCGGCUCCGUCCUGGUGUCCGUGUUUCUGUUCGUGGCCGAGACCGUGACAGCUCUGUACCUGAGCAGCACCUACGACUCGGCCGGGGACCGCAUCUGGCUGUCCCUGACCCUGCUUUUCGCGCUGCUGCCCUGCGUGCUGGUGCAGUUCACACUCAUCUUCAUCCACCGAGACCUGAAGAGGGACCGGCCGCUGGUGCUGCUGCUGCACAUGCUGCAGCUGGGACCCCUGAUCAGGUGUGUGGAAGUCUUUUGCAUAUAUUUUGAAGCUGGUAGAGUUGAAGAGCCUUAUGUCAGCAUCACCAAGAAGAAGCAGAUCCCUAAAAAUGGACUCACAGAAGAAAUUGAGAAAGAAGUGGGCAGGGCAGAAGGCAAGUUGUUCACCCACAGGUCGGCGUUCAGCAGGGCAUCGGUGAUCCAGGCUUUUCUGGGCUCAGCACCUCAGCUGACCCUCCAGCUGUACAUAAGCGUCUUGCAACGGGAAAUCACCAUAGGGAGAAGUAUCUUCAUGGCACUGUCCCUGCUGUCCAUCGUGUACGGGGCCUUACGUUGCAACAUCCUGGCCAUCAAGAUUAAGUAUGAUGAAUAUGAGGUCAAGGUGAGGCCUGCAGCCUAUUUCUGCAUCUUCCUUUGGCGGAGCUUUGAGAUCGCCACACGGGUCGUGGUCCUGGUCCUUUUCAGCUCCGUCCUCCAGAUCUGGGUGCUCCCGGUGGUGCUCCUCAAUUUCUUUGGCUUCUUUUUUUACCCCUGGAUUCUCUUCUGGAGGAGCGGCUCCCCCUUUCCAGAGAAUAUCAAGGCCAUGAGCAGAAUGGGAACCACCAUAGUGCUGUGUUUCCUCACCUUCCUGUAUGCAGGCAUCAACAUGUUCUGUUGGUCGGCUGUGCAGCUGAAAAUCAACAGUCCUGACUUGAUUAAUAAGUCUCAGAACUGGUACAGGUUGAUGGUCUACUAUAUGCUGAGGUUCAUUGAGAAUGCCUUCCUCCUCCUCAUGUGGUACAUCUAUAGGACAGACUUUUACGUUUAUGUGUGUGCCCCCUUGCUCAUCCUGAAGCUGCUGAUUGCAUAUUGCACAGCCAUCCUCUUCAUGCUAGUGUUUUACCAGUUUUUCCACCCUUGCAAAAAGCUCUUCUCAUUUAGUCUUUCCCAAGGCCUGCUGUCAUGCUUCCGAUAUCUUUGCUUUCCAUGUAAAAGGCAGAGACGCAGUGACCCAGCAGAAAGGAUAGAUUUGAAGUCACCGGAUGACUCUGAAACCCUUGUCCAGCUGCAAAAAAGUGAACCACAGAACAGAAACCCAAACCUGAAUGUCCCUUCCAGUUCCUAACGGGGCCAGUAGUAAGAUGGUGUCUUUCCCGACAGCAUUGCUUAUGUCUACACAAGUCCUCUGGUCUUGUUUUCUGAGUCUGGUCGAUGCUUGUUCAGACCACCUGUACCAAUAUCGCACGUGUCUUUGAAUAGACAGGAAGUUAUCCCAACAAAUGUACCCCCUACUCCCUGCCAGCUAGCUUGCUCUGUGUGCCACUGGAGUAUGGAAUACGUGUGUGAAUGUGUAUGUUUGUGCAGAGACAGGCAAGGAGAAUGGCAGGUUAUCAGUCUAGUGUAGUACAGUGCAUGACACCCUAUUCAACAAAGGUUGUGUGUAUGAGUACGAAUGAUUGUGUUCUCCCAGGUGGCAUCGUCCUCUUUAGUUUAAAAACCACCACAACAAAAGGGACAACAUGCUUUUGUCGCAUUACAGGUCAGAAUCUCAUGGAAUUUCAUCUCAGCUUCUGAAAAUAGGGAAAUUUGAAAUUGGGUUGGUUUGGUAGAAUGAGGAAAAGGUCCCGCUUUACCUUGGGUUUCCUGAUUAUCCUGUCUAGAGACCCAGAUUAUUCACCAGUCCUGAGGAUGGUCCUUGUGCAACAGCUGGCUCAGUGAUUGGGAGUUACUGCUAUGGUCAUACCACUAGACCAUGCCUUCCCUCUCUGCAUUUCUUAAGAGUGGAACUAUUACAAUGCAACCUUCAGUGAACAGUUGAACACUGGCUCUUUCUGCCAGUGCUUAGCCCAAGAGACCUCUGCUUAAAUGCAUAAAGAACCAGGUCUUUUCUCCAGCAGGCUAGUGGAACUAAUUGCCUGUGCUUGAUGGAAAUAGACAGAAGGUAAAGGCUACAAGCUUGACUUUCAAAUCUUUGAAUGUGAUGUUUUCACAGUUUGAUGAUCUCUCAACCUUCCCAUAGCACCUCUCAAAUCAUAUGUAUUCAAAUAUUUGGAUCUGGAGACCUUAGGUUCCAGGUGCCCCUAAAACAAACUUGUAUUCUAGCUUUAAUUUUGAUUCUAGAAGCUCUGGAGUUUUGGAAAGCAUUAAUAAGUAUGAGAUAUAUAGGAGAAUUUCUGGAGCAUAAGGCUCAUUAGGCAUUAAAAUGACUGAGGGUAUUUAGGCAGUCUCUUCUCUAGGAGCCUCUACAAACAGGAUACCGUUCUUUUUGUAAUGGUUAGAUGUGGGUCACCUUGAAGGCAGUCUUCUAUGCUCUCAAAGUCCUCUCCUACCUCAGGAUUGUGUGAAGUCACAGAAAAACCUGAGAUUUAUUCCAAAAAAAAUUUUGAGUAUCAUUUCUCCCAAAAAAACUUAGCUAAAACCAGUAUAAAUUUUUAUAAGAAAAUCACUUGGAAAUUCUAAGCCAGUGCUAUCCAAGGUAAGAUAUUUUGGUUUUCAUUCUUAAAGAAAAAUACUCAUUUUAAAGAAAGAUAGACUAAUCAUGAUAUGGAUCUUAAUGCCACCAACCUUCUCCCCACUUCCCCAAAGAAAUUAAAUAACCAAGAAUCCAAUGACUACCUAGGAUUCCUCCUGUUUUGGUGGGGGGGGGGGGAGUGAUAGAAUACAUUCUGAAUCUGUAGUAAUUAUGACAACUUGAAGAAGGCUUCCGAUUCAACCAUUUCCUCCUUUAUUCACUUCUUUAAUUUGGUACUCUGUGUGUGGGUAUGUGUGUUGACAUGAAGUUGGGUAACAUUUAUUCAAUUGUUUAGGGGAAACUGUGAUCCAGUACCUUUAUUUUUAACAUUAAAAUUUUCCCCACAUAGUACCUGGAACCAGGUUGAAACAAAGACAUCAUUUAAAAUCUUUAAAAAUGAAAUAAUGAACAACAUGAAUGAAAUUUUAGAAUAUAAGAUAGGUUUAGACCAAGGACAUUAAAUGAACCAUAUUGUGUGAAUGGAUCCAGUCUUUUUGCACAGCUGUACUGUCUAGCAAGAUGUAUUUGUCAAAGUUCUCACUUCUAUUUGUAAUUCACUUCGGUUUGAAUUUCAUAUAGAAAAUAUGAAAUGUACAUGCACACACAAACAUAGGAUCUGAUGUACCCUUUUUGUCAUAUUCUGGGAAAAUGAGACAAUGUAAAUGUUUUUCACCCUCAAAGGGCAUUCUCAUGUGAUGUACCAUGUUUAUACACCUCGGUUGGCAUGCCUAUACCUUACUGAUCAGUAUCACCUUUGUUUUGUGUUUGAAAACUUUUUAAAUUUGAAGUACUCUUGGUUUAUCAAUAUGUGUUAAAAUUGUAUGCGUGUAAAGUCAGCGAAUGCUCUUUUUCAUUCAAAUGAGAGCAAAAUAUCUUGUGUUAUGCACCAUCUCACUGCCUCUUAGCCCACAUCAACCAUCCUUGGUACUGUUUUUUAGGCCUAAUGCAAAUCAUUUGUGUGUGUGUGUGUGUGUGUGUGUGUGUGUGCAUGUAUGUGUGUGUAUGUACAUGCUGAUAUAUCCUUUUAUAUGUACAUAGAAGUACAUACUGUGCAUGUAGAUGGAUAAGUAUAUUUAAAUGUACAUAGACAUAAGUAUAUCUAAAUGUACAUAGACAUGUACAUAUGACCAUAUAAAAUAUUUUUUCAAAAAUUAAAAGAUUAGAAAUAGAAUAAAACUAAGAUUUAAAACCACUCUUUAUCUGCAGUUACUUAGUGGAGAAAAAGUUUCUAUUAGGAAUGUGUCUCUGUGCAUGGCGGCACAACCAUUCCUGACUCCUAGUUUUGCCCCCAUUGUACAUCUUUAAGCACUUCAGUCACUUCUCUGUCCCUCCAUCCCCCCAUCUAACAAAUGUACUAAUAUCUGACCUGUCUACCACAAGGGGUGUUGUCAGCAUUAAAGUAGAUAACAAUCGUGACAGUGCUUUCAAAAUAUAUUAUGCAACUAUAAGGUGGCAUUACUUUCCAUCACCAAGCUCAUAAGGGAAAUUUGUUGCAAUAAGAAAGGCUGUUUUGAACUGGUAGCAGCAUUCUGACUUUCAUUCAGCUUCUGAACGAAUCCCUGGCUGUUUGACCUUGUGGAAACAGGUUUGAUUGAAUAGCAUAUAUUUUGGAAAGUGGAGUACAGAAUGUCUGUUCCAGCUGAUGUUGCUGUUCUUACUGCCGGUGUUCAUAAAAACUCACAUUUAUGGAUAUGGGACUGGGCAGGGAACAAAAAUAACCCCCAAAUAACCCCUUCUUUCUUUCAGAGGAUCCUAAAUGUGUAUCUGCUGCUGGGAAAUCUAUCUUUUUUGUCUCGUGCUUCCCCAAAAUGCACAGGAGGCUCUUUCAGAAAUCACAUUUAGAACUUGGAGGUCUGAUACUACCAGGUUUGAAUUUAAAAUGUUUAAAAAACUUCUUUGUGGCCUUAUAAGUGGAGAGAAGGUCUUAAAGCUGAUUCUCAAACAUAGGACAUUUGCUUGGAAAUCACCUUUAUCAUCAAAGAGUUGUCAUGUUCUAUAUAUGUAAUGUACGAGUGUUAUACCAUUUGUGAGCAGAGUACCAGUAUUAUUUUCUGAAUCAUGCCCACCACAGUAACUGUAACAAAUGUAUCAUGGACAUGUGAUUUUAUUGGCUGCCACUCUGCUGU